UCCACGUGGACAAACAUUCAACAGAUGCGCGAAGCCGCUGUGUUGAAAGGCCUAGGUCGGGUGAAUGCGGAAGUCCGUAACUUCGCACACAACGCGCCGCAAGGCUCAGCCCUGAAAACCUUCUUCCGUGGGCGACCUUCUGGUGGUAUGCUCAGCGCCUUCCACGUUUUCUCUCUCUCCUCCGGUCUAAAAAGAGUUACCGAAUCGCUUCUCGACGAAAACACGGACUAUUUGUGCACAGGCGUCUUUAACCCAAGUUCACUGAUCGAAAAGAUCGACACGACCACAACUGCCUGGCACGUGAACCCGACGCUCUUUUGGCGCGAGAGCGCGUUCGAUUUGCACUACGGAACAAACCCGAUUGACGCCUUCUCGAUGGUGAAGCCUGACGGCCGGAGCCAGCUCACGCAAUGCUUCGACGAGUUCCAGACCUGGGUGACGGCAACGCGGGCUCACCGAUUAAACGUUGAAUGGACGUUCGACUGCCAGAACGCUGUGAAUUUUUGCAGCAGUGUGGGUUUGAAGCGACUGGAAAAUUCAAUUUCUCCUGGCAGCAAUCUAGGAAGAAAUUCUGAAGCGGACUCGAAAGAAGCGGAACUCGCGGACGAACUAGCAGAUGCUCGAAAAAUGGAAUCAAUCCAGCGGGGAUCUCUGGUGAAAAUUUCUGGGUUGGUUUCCCAGGCUCAACACAAUGGUUGCGUCGGUGUGGUCACCACUGAAUUUGACGCUGACAGGGGUCGUAUCGGAGUCCGUGUUCUCGAGAAGGAUGAACUUUGUGACGCAGCAAACCACGACGCAGGAUUAUAUUCUUCAGCUGCCAUCGAAGCUGGUAAGAGUAGCACAUCGGAGUCCUCCUCUUCCAAAAUCAAAACCCGGCUGCUCCUUCGUCCUGUCAAUCUUGCGCCCUUUUUGAAUUCUUCUGACCAAGCUGACAAAGAUUGCGUGCCUGCUUCUCGUUUCGACGUCAUUACGAGCUCGAAUCUGGCUGAUCACAUCGGGUUGCUCACGGUUGUACUCAUGACGCGUCCGCUACUCCGCGACUACGGCGUCUUGCUGACCAGCACCUUCGUGCACCGGAGCCAAGGCAUGAGCCAGCCAGUGAUUGGAUCAGGGACCUACAGAGAAUUUUUCGAUGACAUGUUACUGAAGAUCGAUCCGUGCCACUGGGAGAGCAUUUUCGGGUUCCGGGCGGUGGGGUUCGAGCCCGAUGUACUCGCUCCACCCCUAGACAAGACAAAUUCCGAGCUGGAUGUACCCACCAUUACGAGAGGUGUUCAGCCGGAAGAGAUGCAGAGUGACAGGCAGGACGCUCAUGUAACGUGGAUCGCGUGCCCGCGAGCCAACAUUCGACAUGCAGUGGCCGCGGAGGGCGGUACUCGUGGAGCAGCACUGACAGACAAGAUUUUUGGGUGUGAAAGUGACACCCUACUUCACCCGGUGCGAGCCUCGGUCACGGUUUUGCUCUCUGGUCGCUUCGCGCUGGACAAAACGGCACUGGAAGCUGCUCUGCGCAAAAACCCACACUGCACCGAAGUCAAAACUCUUUUCGGGCUCUUGUCGAAUCCGUCUAGCCUCUCGUCCCUGAGCCGUGCAGAAGACAAAAGCGAGGAAGACGAAGUCGUUUUGUGCAAAGUUGCAUUGACCACAACAGAGAUGAAGCAACAUUUCGGGGAAGAUAACAUCACUCCAACCUUUGGCGUUCAACUUGGGACAUCCAAGAUUUUCGGAACAUGGGCAGAUACCGACGACUCACAGGUGCCGCUGUCAAACAUUUUCUUCUUCGCAAGCCGUAGCGACGUCAAAAAAGCCGGCGGAAACUGCAAGCUAUUUUCGAUCGCACAACAGAACUUGCUGUUCUUUUCCUUGUUUGGCCAAUCGGGAUUUUCUGAGCUUCGCUCCGUAUCCCGGACCGUAGAAAUAAUCGGCGCGCCCUCGGAGCGCGAUGUAGCCACCCUUCGGAAGCACUACGGUCUAGAACCUACACUGGCGGGCUUGACACCGAAUAAUUCCUGUACGGCCAGUACUACUCCCGGUCUGUUCACGUUCACCAUCGCAGAAGAAACUACGAAAAGCCUCCACUUGCGCUAUUGUGCACAAUGUCCGCAGGUCUUUCGCGAGGCCCUUGUCGUAAAAGUAGCAGCACUAAGUUCUACUCGGCUUCAAGUGAAGGUGCGCAUUCAUCCCACGAUGAAUGGGGCUGCAGGUGAAACAGUAGAAGCAGCCGAGAUCAACCACGAUGUGCAGUUUGCCUGCCCCGUGUCCGCGGACGGUUGGUGGUCGGCCAAGGACGGCACAUUUAUUGUGAAGAAGGUUCCGCAUUCGUUCUUUUCGUCCGCGCGACGGAUCUUUACGGCGAACAUGUUUGUCCCCGAAGACGGUAGAGUUUUUUGUGCCUCCAUGUUGCGAUGCGUGGGCGGUAUGCUGUUCUCGACGACGGAAAGGGCGCAGCGGGAGGACUUCGAACAGCAGCGUACUAGAAGUGCGAUAACGAGUCCGCGCAAGAAAAAGCCGGUUCUGCUGCGCAUGAAAGACGUCUGCAUGACUUUGCUACAGUUCUCGGACGAAAAGGUCCACGCGAUCUUCGACCACGCGGGUUGCGUUUGCAUCGUCUUCCACCACGGCCUCGUGAUGAAUCGGCAGUCGGGACUGCCCUUUGUCGAUGUUUCUGUCUGCAUGCUCCGCCAAUCCUGGGCUACUGUAGCAGUUACCGCUGUCCGUCCGGAACUGAUGCACGGUUGCCCUCAGCACACACUGUCCGAAGAGGAGUAUGCCUUCUUCUGUAACUGGUGUCGGUAUUCCAUCGCGUCUUGCACACCUUCCAUGGCCGCCGAGCACCCGGAGCUGCGCAGCCUCGUCAGCUGUGGCAAAAAGGCCGCCUGGGUCCGCCAGCGUUGCGUGCGCGUCCUUCUCGGUCCCCUGUUUCCCUCCAUGAACUCAAUCGACUCGUCGCGCGACCACCUCGACAUGGAUGCUCCUCACCGCGAACUUCCACAGGAACAAGACGACAGCUUUGCAAAAUUCGCGAGCAAGCUGAUAGGCAACAGCAAAAAGAAGCCGGCGGACAUCAAGGCUGCAGCACCAAGCGGAUCCUCUGUGGCCGAUUUCAAAGCGAAGGGCAACCACUUUUACCAGAAGUCGUACUUCACCGACGCGGCGGACCAGUUUCACGCGGGGGAGGAGUGCUUCUCCAAAAUUGCCAAUCCUACCUUUGCGGAGGUCUUCGAUGGAGUUGCGUGCUCUGCGAACGCCGCCAGCGCUUACCUCCGGGGCAACGCUUACAUCGGGAAGAGCGAAGUGAAGCCGAGCACCACGACACUGGGAACUACAACCGGAUCGGGAACUAAGCCGCCCCCGAGAAUGAAUAUUACGAUGUUCGACAUGAAGGCCCACACAGCGGCAACCACGGCAAUCGACACCGCCGACAAGUACUUGAAACUCUGGGCCGCGAACUCGCCAGCGACUUCGCCGGCGCAAAAGGAUGUUCUCCGGCUCGAAGCUCUCAAAAUCAAAGCACUGUUCCGCCGAGGGCAGGCGACGCUCGGAAUGAAAGAAGCCGUGACCGAUUUAACGCUGGCCAAUGAGCUUGGGCACGGGGAGGACGCGAAGGUCCGGGACAUGCUCCGGCUCGCCGAAGAAAUGCUGGAGGUCAAGAAGUAAACGACGCUCACACAGACGCAGACUGCAACGCUCAACACUAAUCCCACUGGCUCCUGAAGCAACACUUUGCAACUACUUAUCAGGAAUGGUUCUAUCAAUCUCAGGUUCAUUCAACAUUUAGUCAAUACCUCCAUGAUGAUCACAUCAUGGAGGAUCCAUGUACAUUCUUUUGGACCGACCCCCAUUCGUUUAUGAUAUUUCUUUCGACAAGAGCCGAGCGCCACUUUGCUUCUACCUUCCUAUCUCAGAUGCGGAAAAGUACAAGUACGUACCGAAUCUACUAAUUGUACCUGGCACAACUCAUCCUCAUUCUCACUAAAAAAGUACGACUCUUCGAUAAAACGUUCAAAUUUUUGAGCCUCAUUCUCACAUUCAUCUCAUUUUGAUAUUAAAAUUAACAGACCUAUUCUGUUUAUGGUCGGCAUCAAGAAUAACACCCUUUCGUUUCUGCCUCCCGCACUCAUUUUUCAUAGGGAAAGUACUAGGACAUGCAGUAUCUACUACCGGGCACAACUGAUCAUGAUGAUGAUCCUCAUUCUUACAAAAACCGAUUUCGAACUGUUCAAAUUGUUGAGCCUCAUUCUUAUAUUAGGGAAGGUGGAAAUAAUGUGGUAUUUCAGGAAGAUUAAGAUACAAUUUUCUGUAAUGACCGAACAACAAGAAUGUAGGUCAUCUAGUAGCUGUUUUGUCUGUUCUCUUUUGCAACAUUAAUGUACAGCAAGCGAGUGGUUGUUGCUCCAUGACCAUG